AAUAUAUAAAGUUAUGCAUAACACAAAUUAAUUGUCUAUUUCCUCGUCAGUUUCAAAUUGUAGCCAUAUUUGCCGCAAUUUAAUUUAUGUUGAGUUCAGAAAAAAGUACUAAAAAGGGGACUAGGCACUAAACCAUUAUUAGGCGUUUUAAUUUUUAAAAAGCACUAAGUUGGCAAAUAUGAUUGAAUGGACAAAACAUUGCAAAAAGAUACAGGGAUGCCUUAAAAUUAUUAUUUUUUGACACCCUUGCAGAUAGUGCCUUUUUAACUGAAAAAAAUCGGCAUAACUUAAUAUGUAUUAUAAAAUUAAAAAUCUUAUUGUUAAAAACUUAAUUAUAUUCUGAUAUAACUAAUUUUUUAUUAUUAUACAUAUAUAUAUUUUAAAUUGCAAAAUAAAAAUGGGUGAAAUAAAUUUCCAAAAUAAAUGGUAAUGCGACAGAAUGUCAAUAGUUUUUCAUAUCAAUUACUCUGGGCUAAUAAAAUUGCGAUGACUACAAGCUCAUCUAACUUCAUUCCGUACUUGAUAUAAAAGGUUUUCAUGCGCUUUCUUCGUCUUUCAUUCGUUCAGAAAAUUUGCAAAAGUUUUUAAUUCCAAUUUUUAUAGAAAUGGCGUAGAAAGUAUUUUACUUACAUAUGUUGUGUUAACUAGAAAGUUCUUUAUUUUAAUAAUUCUUCGAAAAAUUACAAAGAAGCGAAUAUUUGUAUACGUGUCUUAUCCAAGUUGAAACAAAAAGCGUGAGUGUCUGCCGCUGGACUAGAAUAAGUUAUUAAUUGUUCGAGUUUCGCAUUUACAAAGUUAAUAUCAAGAAAUCUAAAGAUAUGGAAUUCCAACAACUUACACUACCACAAACAGAUGUCUCUCAACCACCACCUCAAUUGACAGCACCAUCGGCGCUAGCAACAAAUGCAACAUUACUACCAUCACAAUCCGGAGGUGGAAGCUCAUAUGGCUCCCAUCACCGUAACCACUACCAUCCACAUCAUGGGGGUUCUGGGAAGCCAGGCCAUCCAUAUUUUAAACCAUUCAAUCCCGGAGGCUUUCAGCGACCUUUUGGCAUGACACAAGAUGAUUUUGAUGGCAAGCGUUUAAGGAAAAGUGUUAUGCGGAAAACCGUUGAUUAUAAUGCUUCCAUUGUAAAAGCGUUGGAGACCCGUCUUUGGACGCGUGAUCAUCGUGAUCGGCAUGCCCCACAACCCGAAAAUAUAUAUGUGCCAGAACUUUUACCACCGUCCAGUUACUUGGAUAAUCCCUCAAAUGCAGUGACUACACGAUUUGUCAAAACUGCCACGAAUAAAAUGCGUUGCCCAAUAUUUACACUCGCUUGGACACCAGAAGGUAGACGUUUGGUAACUGGCGCCAGUUCAGGUGAAUUCACUCUAUGGAACGGGUUGACAUUCAAUUUUGAAACUAUAUUGCAAGCUCAUGAUGUUCCAGUACGUACAAUGGUAUGGUCCCAUAAUGACAGCUGGAUGGUGACUGGUGAUCAUUCGGGCUACGUCAAGUAUUGGCAGUCGAAUAUGAAUAACGUGAAAAUGUUUCAGGCACACAAGGAGGCGAUUAGGGGAAUAAGCUUCAGUCCGACGGAUAGUAAAUUUGUGAGCUGCAGCGACGAUGGUACACUCCGAAUAUGGGAUUUUUUGCGCUGUCAGGAGGAGCGCGUCCUGAGAGGCCAUGGUGCAGAUGUUAAAUGUGUGCACUGGCAUCCACAGAAGGGUCUGAUUGUGUCGGGCAGUAAGGAUAAUCAGCAGCCAAUAAAAUUGUGGGAUCCGAAGAGUGGUAGUGCGUUAGCCACACUGCAUGCGCACAAAUCAACUGUGAUGGAUUUGAAGUGGAAUGAUAAUGGUAAUUGGCUAGUUACCGCAUCCCGUGAUCAUUUGCUCAAACUUUUUGAUUUGCGUAAUUUACGUGAAGAGAUGCAAGUUUUUCGUGGCCACAAAAAGGAGGCCAGCUCCGUAUCGUGGCAUCCAAUACAUGAGGGUCUCUUCUGCUCAGGCGGCUCCGAUGGCUCCAUACUCUUCUGGAAUGUGGGUACCGAUAAGGAGAUUGGCUGUGUGGAGACCGCACACGACAGUAUAGUCUGGACACUAGCUUGGCAUCCGUUGGGUCAUAUACUUUGCUCAGGUUCCAAUGAUCACACGAUUAAGUUCUGGACACGAAAUCGCCCCGGUGAUUUGAUGCGUGAUAAAUAUAAUUUGAACACGUUGCCUGCGAGUUUGGCAGCAAUGGAUGAUUGCGAAUAUGAUGAUGCUGUUAUUCCUGGUAUGGGUCCCGAGGACAAAGUUGAAUUCACGGAAAGUCUCACUGCCGACAAGGGCUUUAUUCCUGGUUUGGAUUUGGAUCCUUCCAGAAUGGGUGAUCGUGAUCGUGAGAAAAAAGUACCAUACAGCAAACCUAUACCGCGAAACUUUCAGGCUCAAUGGGCUGGUUCACGUCGCCCCGACGAAAGUAGUUUUCACGAUGAGCUGGCGAUGCGUGAGCCAAAAGACACCAGCGGUUUGUCACAUCAACAAAUUAGUGAGAGCACCAUUGAGGGAAUGUUGGCGAGUGGUGUGCUCACCACCAUGGAUCCGCAAGCUAUUGUUGGUCUGCUCGUUUACAAUCGAUUCGUUCGUGUACAUCCAGACUCGCGUGUAAUGGUCGCCAUACGACAGGGCCCUGAUUAUUUGAACAAAUAUAUCGAUGCGGGUAAAUUGGACGAAUUGCGUGAUGUUGUGCCUACUCGCGAUCGAUCGCGUUCAUUGUCGCCUACCUUGGAGGGACGUGAAAGUUCACCACCAUCGAAACGAUCCCGCUUUGAACCGCGCCAGCAUAGUGCCCAACUUGUAUCUGUGCGCGAAUUGCUAAGUCUUAAGAAGCCCUUUUUGCCUUGUUUGUUACAGAUGAAGUCACAACAGGCUCCACAAAAGCCCGAGUACGCAGAUGAUGUGCGCGAUUCGCUUACGCCGCAACCGCAACCGCAGCCGCAACAGCAACCGAAUUAUCAGCAACAACAACAACAGCAAUCACCAAUGCAACAGCAACAGAGUCGGCCCAAUCCAUGGGCAGUGGGACCGCCUUUCCAACAACAGCAGCAACAACAACCACCGAAUCCUUGGAGCACAUCGCCUAUGGGAAGUGGAUCAAGUUGUGGGCCGAACUUGGUGUCACCGCCUAAUCAAAAUGGUUAUAAUGGUAACAAUGGACCGUAUAAUGGUCCGAAUUUUAAUGAUAACAUUAAUUAUGGCGACAAUAUGUUCCCUAAGGGUGGUGGCGGUCCCGGCCCUGACGAAAACAAUGGUAUGCACAUGAGUAAUAUGAAUAUGAACAACAAUUUGAGUAAUAACAACUACGGAAAUCAGCGUCGAGGCAAUCGACGAGGUGGUGGUGGAGGCGGUGGCCGUAAUCGCGGCGGACGAAAUAAUAAUAGGCGGUUUUAGGUGGUUAUGUAGCAACAAUAUGUAUAUAAAAUGCACAUAUACACAACACAACAACAAAGGGCUGAAUAUAUCUUCAUUAGGCUACUCUGUAGGUUAUAUAUGUAUGUAUAUACACUUACAUGAAGUCCCAGUGUUGAUCGAUUUUUUAUGUGUAAAAUCUCCUUUGUAAAUGUGAAAAGUUUAAACCUGAAGUCGUAAGAGCGAGUGUUUGAAGGUGAAAUGUGUGCAUGUAUGUGCUUUGUGAACGUUGAGUGAACGUACAACUUUCGUACGCCUGCGUAUUCCAACUCUACCGGAUUUUUUACAAAUAUAAAAAUAAUGUAAUUACUGAAUACGUCUUAAGUUUUUUUCAUUAGGAUUUAGGGAAACGAGUUCUGUUCCGCCUGUCGUCCCAAUUUCUAAUAAGGAUGCAACUAAAAUAAAGAAUAUAAUACCCGAUUAGGAAAGUCGUAGUAUGUAGAAAUGUAUUUACUCUUUAUGUAUGAGCAAAUGAGAUGAUUAAGCCAUCACUGUUGUAAAUUAAUGUUUAGCAUAUGUUUUUCUGAAAACAUUUAGCAAUUAUUAAUUAUUUUAAUUU